AUGGAACAUUUGUAUCCUGGUGUGAGAAACUUCAUUGAUAAAGAAGGAUUAUCAGUUCAAGCACAAGACUUGUAUCUGUUGCGGACAUCGAUUGAUCAAAGGGGCGAGCAGACGAUAAAUCAUGAUGCAAAAACCAGUGGUAAGUUAUUUGACAUAACCUCAGAAUGUACCAAUUCAUGCUCAUAUUGUUACCAUAAAGGCCACAAGGGCGAUAAAGUUUGAUCCUAUGGUUUGAUUAAAAAAUUAAAAUUCUGAUCAUAAUAUCCGUUCCAUAUGUAUUCAACAGGAUUCCGUCUUAGACCUGCAAUAUAUGUUAUGUAAUAAUAUGUGUUAUGUAAUUUACCAGUUUCCAAAUUAUCAUUCAAUAGGUGGUGUACGAAAUUUUGCGUCAAAUAGUAACGCAAUCCGUAAAUGGUGCCUAAAUCGAGCGGAGCAGUCAAAGAACACAGGAAAAUUAAAGGAAAAAGCUGGAACAUCUACAACGACAAAUAGUCACAGCUGCUUGUGACCAUCAAAGAUUUUGCAGUCUGAUAAAGCUGUUCGUGAAAUUAUAAGAGUAUUGACAGAAGAGUAUAUUAAUCCGUUUGACGUUGUUAUUGAGGGAACUGAACUUUUUAAUUUGAGUUCUGGAGUUCCCUUGCACUGUACUGAUGUAUUGAACUGCUCGGAAAUUGGUCAAUUAAAAUUCGAGAAAUUUACGAAGGAGAGCAUAAGCUGUAAGCUAAAACCUUUCCAUGAUCCUAUCCAGAAAACCAAAAUUACCAUGUUUAAGGAUAUGACGAAAUCGACAAAGGUGGAUAACAAUGGUAAAUCAUUGGUUAUUGAGGCAAAUAGAAACAUCCUAGGUAAAUUGCUGGCAAUUUUAGCCAAACACAAAAAGAGUAUUGAUUUUAAUUUGAAGUGGCUCUUUCCUACCCGCUCUCAACCACACCACUAUCCAUUUCAAAUCCAGAUAGAUCUCGUCUGGUGACACAAAAAAGUAAGUUUGUUGAGGUGCUUUCAUCGUUUAAUUAUGAGCCUGGGGCCCAAACAGAGAUGGUUGAUGCAGAUAUAUUUGUGACAGAUUUCAUUGCCCAAAUCAGAAUUAUUACCAAGGCGGUUUCCGAUACCUACGAGGAGUUAGCUAUCAACUUUCUUCAGUCAAUCCCUAAAGGUUACGCGCGCGUUGAUUUGGUUGCUGACCCUUAUCGCAGGGCUAGUAUCAAAACAGCUGAAAGGAACAAAAGAGGAGUGGCGUCCAAGGUUAUUAUAGUAAAGUCGGAGAAAUCAAAGAUUCCCCGAAACUUCAAAGCGUUCAUGAUGAAUAGUGAAAACAAAUGCCGCCUAAUCGACAUAAUUUUUGACUUCGUCAUCAACGAAAAAGCCUUUGCCUGCAAAUUCUCAGGGCCCGCGGAGCGUAUUAGAGAGUGGGGGGGCUAAAUCAUCAAUAAAACCCCCAAUUAAUUAAUUUAGAAAGUUUCAUUUAGAUUUCUAUUUUAAUAAUUUUGGCUGUCAAAAAAAGUGGGGGGGGGGGCUAAAGCCCCCCCAGCCCCCCCGUCUCCGCGGUCCCUGAUUCUGAGAGCUAACAAAAUUCUUCUUUCAAGAGAUGGUGAAUGUUCGGAAUCGGAAAAUUCGACUGAUUCCUUUGAAAAUGUUUUAUGUAAGCUGUAUACGGGAGUAAGAAAAUUCGAGUAAACGACGCCUGUUAUAAGUUAUUUCAGAAAAAGUACAUGAAGAAGAAUAAAGUAAUUGAUCUAUCACUAUUACUACCAUGUCGAUCCUCACUAAUAUUCUUCCCUUAAAUCGCUGUAAUUAUGUGGCUUGCACGUGGAAAAGUUCCGCCGUAGCAAAUAUCACGUAGCCAUCUCCAAGUCAACAAGGUUGGACUGGAGAUUUCGAAAUUAAUUGGCAUGACGAAGUUUUUCUAACAGAUUUGGAAAUGUUACUUUUGGACAAUACCGAUAGUGAGGAAGAAUAUGAAGUUGGAACAGACGAAGAAAGUGGACACAGUGAGGACAAGUUUUAA